CUUGUGAUUUGACAGAAACUGAGUCGUGAUCGUCCGGUCUGCUCGUGGGCGGUUAGGCUCCCUAAUUUACGUUUUACCUCUUUGGGAAAUAUUCCACCGAGUCAGUUCGCUGAGUGGUUUCACCGGAAGAGUAUAACCCUCCCCUUUCUAGGGGAUAGAAUCAGUUUCCUUUUGAUUUUUGCUUUUUUUGACGCGUGUGAGAGGAAACACUCCGCUCUGACACUGGGGGAUAUCCCCAGCUCUUUCGGUCGUUUUCCAGGCUAGGCUAACAGCCGCGGCAGUAGCACGGGAUUACGGGCGGGGGUGAAUUUCUUCUCUUCGGCCCUAAGAAGGAGGAUAUAAAAACCGUGAAAUGCCGUGGAACAAUGACGAGCGAAGGGAACAGAGCUGACGAAGGAGAGGAAGAUACACCAGCGGGAGAGAGUCGCACAGACGAGCAGUAAAGAGGUGAAAAGUAGAACAGUAUUCGAGCUUCAUCGAUCAAGGAAGUUUAUUAGCUAACUCGCUAGCUCGUCGUUAAAUGUACCGCCUGAUCAUCAAGGGUCGUUUGAAACGACUCGGUUAUUAAUAGACCUAAAGUUUCACAUAACCGACUGUACUGAUGCCAAAGUGCAAAGGCUGAUCUGUUAACAGCCUCGUACCUCUCUGGGCUCUUAAUAACAAAACGGAAGCUAACUAGCUUAGCGUUAGCUUGAAAUUGGAAGGUUGUAAACAAAGGGUUCCCAGCUUCAAGUGACCCUUGCCCCCUUUGUUUUACCGACAUCAUUACCCUUUGACCCCAACCGUGAAGCUCGCCGUCAGACAUGGAUUUAAAGACGGCGGUGUAUAACGCGGCCAGGGACGGGAAACUCCGUUUGCUUCAGAAACUGUUGGAGAACAAAGAUGGACAUGAAGUCACCAAGCUGAUGGGCGAGAAGACGAACGGAGCCACCCCGUUGCUGAUGGCCGCCCGGUACGGCCACCUGGACCUGGUGGAGUACCUGCUGGAAUGCUGCUGCGCUCCGGUCGAGGUCGGAGGCUCGGUGAACUUUGAUGGGGAGACAAUAGAGGGGGCGCCGCCUCUCUGGGCUGCCUCUGCGGCGGGUCACCUGAAGGUGGUCCAGUCCCUGCUGGGGCACGGAGCUUCUGUCAACAGCACGACCCUCACCAACUCUACGCCCCUGAGGGCAGCCUGCUUUGACGGGCACCUGGACAUCGUCAGAUACCUAGUGGAACACAAAGCUGACCUGGAGGUGGCCAACAGACACGGACACACGUGUCUAAUGAUUUCCUGUUACAAGGGCCACAAAGAGAUAGCGCAGUACCUGCUGGAGAAAGGUGCGGAUGUCAACAGGAAAAGUGUAAAAGGUAACACGGCGCUGCAUGACUGCGCAGAGUCCGGCAGCCUGGAGAUCAUGCGGAUGUUGCUGCAGUACGGCGCAACCAUGGAGCGGGACGGCUACGGCAUGACUCCGCUCCUCUCCGCCAGCGUCACUGGCCACACUAACAUCGUAGACUACCUGACGACGCACCAGCAGACGAGUCACACGGAGCGAAUUGAUGCCUUGGAGCUUUUGGGAGCAACGUUCGUCGACAAGAAGAGAGAUCUGCUGGGAGCGUUAAAGUAUUGGAAGAGAGCCAUGGACCUGAGAUACACAGACAGUAACACCGUCCACAAACCGGAACCCAAGCAUCUCAUCAUGGCUUACGACUAUGCUAAAGAGGUCACAAACGGGGAGGAGCUGGACGGGUUGAUCUCCGACCCGGACGAGAUGCGGAUGCAGGCGCUGCUCAUCCGGGAGAGAAUCCUGGGCCCCCAGCAUCCAGACACAUCCUACUACAUCCGUUACCGGGGCGCCGUCUACGCCGACUCGGGAAACUUUGAGCGCUGCAUCAACCUGUGGAAGUACGCGCUGGAAAUGCAACAGAACAACCUGGACCCGCUGAGCCCCAUGACGACCUCCAGCCUGCUGUCGUUCGCCGAACUCUUCUCCUUCAUGCUGCAGGACAGGGCCAAGGGACUCCUGGGGACAUCCGUGUCCUUUGAGGACCUGAUGGGAAUCUUGACCAAGAGCGUGUUGGAGAUAGAGCGAGCGGUCAAACAGAUCGGGCCGAUGCCGCCUGACCCCGCUCAGCUCAGCAAGGCCUUGUCGAUUAUCCUGCACCUCAUUUGUCUCCUGGAAAAGGUGCCGUGUACCACAGAGCAGGACCAUUUCAAGAAGGAAACCAUCUAUAGGUUCCUGAAGCUCCAGCCGUGUGGGAAGAACGGCUUCACCCCUUUACACCUGGCAGUGGACCGCAACACCACCUGCGUGGGCCGCUACCCUGUGUGCAAGUUUCCCUCCCUCACGGUGGCGUCCAUCCUCCUCGAGUGCGGGGCGGAUGUCAACAGCCGAGACGAAGACGACAACAGCCCCCUCCACAUAGCCGCAUCCAACGGUCACCCCGACAUCAUGAACCUGCUGAUUUCCUGCGGGAAUCACUUCGACAGCACCAACGCCUUCCAGCAGACGGCCUGCGAUCUCCUGGACGAGAAGGAGCUGGCCCGGAACGUCAUCCAGCCCAUCAACCACACCACGCUGCAGUGCCUCGCUGCCAGGGCCAUCAUCAAGCACAGCCUCCACUACCGGGGGAACAUUCCCGAGAAGCUGGAAGCCUUCGUCUUGCUCCACAGAUAAUGACUGUACAGUAAUGGGGUUGCGAGGGACAGAAAGCGGAGCGGGAGCUGACCAUACACGUCAAGGAGCUUUACACACGCUUAACCCACAGGGUGUUUAAAAAAAACAACAACAACAAAACAGACUGUUAUCUGGGUUUGGUUUGCUAGAAGAAACUCACACUAAAUACCCAACUUAACCAGGAUGGACUGAAUUCGCCGAUAGAGCCGCAGCGCUGACCGCCAUCGGUUGGCGGGGAUGUAUUAGAAUCACGGUGCAACAUGGAUUAUAACUGGUUGUUUCUCCUAAUGAACUGAACAGAGGAAUUUACAUAUUUUUGCUUGAGGAAUCUUUUUUUUUUUUUUUUUUUUUUUUUUUUCAUAUUCCACAAUGCUAUUUAUUGAAUGAAACUUGAGAGAUUUUUCUCCAUGCUGGCUUCCAUCCAGUCUCAACAUCACCUGCUUCUCUUCUCUCCAGUCUUCAGCCUGCUACUACUGUUCUUAUUUAGGUUUUUGCUUUUCCCCUCACUGUUGCCAACGGACCCGGACUCUUCCUCAGCCAUCAGGUUUUUUUUUUGUUUUUGUACUCUUAACAACACGCAGAGGUUUUGCUCUUUUUCUUUUCUGCUGAGUGGAGUAGAUUUUACAGUAAUUUAUCUUUCCCACUUUGAUGUGUAACAAAGCUUUACAAAAGGGGUGGGGGGAUGGAGUGUGUGAACACCAUAAGUGCUUUAUUUUUCCUAUGCACAGGCUGGGCUGUUGGAAAGAGACUGUUGUAUUCUGUGCCGGCACUUGUCUGUGCAAUAUCUCAUGAGGUUGUUUUUUUUUUUUUUUCGUUGACUUCGUUGCUUUUUUUCGUAAUCCGCCUUGUCGGGUGGAGGUGAAACCAUAAUGCUGACUCUGUGAGAAGAGUGAACGAUUUUUGAGCGACUGACGUGUGGGUGUGUGUUUUCCAUGCGUUAUUUGUUGUAUGCGUAGACUUUUUAAAUUUUUUUUAAAAUUUUUUUUUCGGUAAGUUACACAAACUGAGACCAGGAGUUUAAUGUAGUGGCGCUCAUGAAGAUUCCAUAUUGCACAGGACGGCCACUGAGAAACCGCAGAGGCCGAACUCUCCAGAGUGCCGGCUCGUACCCAAAAGUGACCUCUCGACGUUCGCGCGUGGCUGACCUUUAAACGGCACCGUUUAUUUUAGUUUUGUAAUUUUUAUCCGACCCGAUUGAGCGGCAGAGAAGUCCAGGUGGCUCGCUAACGUUUGCCUCACUGUGCAUGUGCAGCCCGUCACCGCGGGAGACCUCCCAUGACGACUCCCAUCAAACUUCAGACUGCAGCUGGUUCGUCUUGUACAAGCACUAGGACUGAAAAGCAAGGGAGAAAAGAUGCCUCAAUACACAGAAUAGUAAAGCUUUGUGAUCAUCAUGUUUGCACAUUCAGCUCUAGACAUGUGGGUUGAGAGGAAGGAGGGAGGGGAAAAAAGGGCUUUUUAUAAUUUGUAGGAUUUCAUAUUGCAGUUCCAAACCAGACAGAAAAUGUACUAGGGCACCCAGGGCAACUCGAUUUGAUCGGCACUUUACUACAGCGGAGAUUAAGAUUUGAUAUGGCAUUAAUCAAGUUCAUAUCUUAAUUACCAGUUUGACAAUAAAACCAUGUUGCACUUGU